GCAAGACUAGUGUUAUUUACAAACACCUAUAGUACUCUUGCCUCAAUAUCAUGGCUAAACCAGUCGUGGCCAAACCAUUCAUGGUUCAACCCCUUCCAGUUAUAGCUCCAGCUGGUACACUUUUUGUCACUCCUGUUCCAAUUAUCGGCCCUCAGUACUGUGAACUUUACCCAGUUGAUCUUGCAAUUAUUAGAAAGGUCAUGAUCAUUUCCGAUGGCAACUUUGUUGUCACGGACACCAAUGGGAAUGUCAUUUUGAAAGUGAAGGGAGCCAUACUAAGCCUUCGUGACCGUCGUGUCCUGAUUGAUGGUACUGGAAAUCCUAUUGUCACUCUUCGACAGAAGAUGAUGACUGCUCAUGACAGAUGGCAAGUCUUUAGGGGUGAUAGUGAAGACCCCUUUGAUCUAAUUUUUAGCGUAAAGCGAUCUUCUCUGCUUCAACUGAAGACCAAGUUACUUGUGUACUUGGCAAAUAACAGAAACGAGGAUGUUUGUGAUUAUAAGGUCGAAGGGAGCUGGUUUGAAAAAUCUUGUAUCAUUUAUGCUGGAGAAUCUUCCACUGUGGUUGCCCAGAUGCAUGAGAAGAUGACAGUUAAAAGUAUUCUGAUCGGGAAAGACAACUUCAUGGUGACAGUUUAUCCUAAUAUUGAUUAUGCAUUCAUAGUUACGCUUAUCGUCAUUCUAGACGCUAUUAACCAGACCUUCUAGGGUCUAGAUGAUUUGUAACAGAAACUACAGUUUCGCUUUAUCUAUAUGAAUAAGUCAUCCUUCCAUUCUACUUCGGAAGUUAAGAAAUUGAGCAGUGUGUUCACUUCACAAUAUGAACGUCCUUGCAUGUGUAUUUCAAACAUUAUAUGAAUAAUAAUAUUGUUGUUGUUGCAAAA